CUGGUUCGCUUCAAAAGAUGAAAAGUUUUUUUGGCACGGCAUUCAUAAACUGCCAGAGAGUUUCAUUCGACACGACACGACACGCGAACACGGACAUCGCUGACGUGUGUCGCAAGUGGAUCAGCUAAGAAUGUUUCCGCGCAUGUUCUUCGAGCAAUAUCGGAAUUCUACUGUUUAUCGUACGAGUAGAUCAAGUGGUCAAUGCGGCUCGUAUGUCUCGCGCGUCCACGGGCACGCAAUAUCCGCCGUGUGUAAACUUGUUACUCACGCGCGCACGUGUCCGCGGAAUACGUUACCGAACGAAGCUAUAAAUAUUACGUGGCAACGCACCCAGCGAAUUAGAUCGGCAUGGUGCCGAUAACGCACGCUUAUCCUCUUCUGAUAUUGAAAAUUUUUUUGCUGUAAGAGGAACACUCACUCUUUCCCUUACAAACACUUUGAGAACGCACCGCGUCCCGCGUGCGCAAUCGGUAGAUUCAUGCGGACUGAUUGAGAUAGCAAUACGCAGAGAUGCAUUAUGGAUCGCUUCUAGGAAGAUUUACGUUCUGUUCAUCGAAGAUUCAUUCAUCUGUGCUGCAGUGGCUGCGUAGGAGCGAGGAGAAAAAUGGAAAACAAUUCGGACCUCAGGAAAUCACGGAGCAAGUAAUGGCGAACGAGAAAAUUUCGACGACGGUUUGUCACCGCUAUCGCUGGGACGUUAUCGUUAGGACAGAAGGAGUGCGGAAAAUUUUCGCGCGAUUUCCUCUUCCCUCUAAAGAUGGCCGCUUGAGAACGUCGCGCCGACGUCGGCGUGAUCAAUACUCUGAGUUCGUGUAUAGUUUGGGGCCAGGUACGUCUACAUUCCGUGCCGGUAACUCGCCCUCACACAGAGGAGGGAAAGAGAGUUCGUGCUCUGUUGGGCAAAUCCACCCCGCGAUAUCGGAAAGCAUAGUAACGAUUUUAUCGCUUUCACGUGCACCGCGCAGGCUUCACCGAGCACGCAACGAGUUAUAUCUAGAGCGACAGAAAAGAUCGUCUGCAUUUUACCGCGUUAUCACGGAGUGUCGAUUCGAGGAACCCGAUUUUCACGACGAUCCCGAGCCGAAGAGUUUGAUGCGAGAGAGAUGGCAUCUUCUCAGAGCUAAUCUGGACAUUAUUUUGUACUUCAAGCGGAGCUUGCGAGAGUUACAAGUAUUUACCUGACUCUCAUACAUUGAAUACAAUAGCGGUCGUCGUUUCCUCGGAAGUCGCAAACUGCCGUCGAUCGCGCUCUUUAAUUCCCGAGAAUGCGAUAUAAUCGCAUGCCUCACAUUUCUCUCCGACAUUGGAAAUCGUGUGUUAUUUGCAUGCAAUAUGAUUUUCCGCGAAGUAUCAAGUACCAGGAUCGAUAAGAUUGGUAAACUAGAGGGAGGAGAGGAAUGUCGCGCGAAUUGAAAAAGAAAGUUCAGACAAUGCGCGUUCUUACAUCGAGGUAAAUGCGUGCAAUUCAUCAUUAAUGACAUAUCGAAAGAUUUAUGUAUUUUUUGCGCGCGCGUUUUCAAUUCUAUUUCGAGAUAUAUAUUCGCCUAAUGUUAGAUUUUAAAAUAUUUUUAUUGUAUUUUAUAUUAGAAGAAUA